CCCAAAAAAACACCGCUCCCCCUGUCGAUCUGAAUUUUGCCCACUGGAUUCUCUUUGGAGAUCUGCGAGAGAGUGUCCAGUAAAGAAGUAAUUUAUAACCAUUUGAAGCAACACCAAGAUGGGGCUGACUUUUACCAAGUUGUUUAGCCGGUUAUUUGCCAAGAAAGAGAUGCGAAUUCUUAUGGUAGGUCUUGAUGCUGCUGGUAAGACUACUAUAUUGUACAAAUUGAAGCUUGGAGAAAUUGUGACAACGAUUCCUACCAUUGGAUUCAAUGUUGAGACUGUUGAAUAUAAGAAUAUCAGCUUCACUGUUUGGGAUGUUGGUGGCCAAGACAAGAUUCGUCCAUUGUGGAGGCACUACUUCCAAAACACACAAGGGCUUAUCUUUGUGGUGGAUAGCAAUGACAGGGAUCGAGUUGUUGAGGCAAGGGAUGAAUUGCAUAGGAUGUUGAAUGAGGAUGAACUUAGAGACGCUGUUUUGCUGGUCUUUGCUAACAAACAAGAUCUUCCUAAUGCCAUGAAUGCUGCGGAAAUUACCGACAAACUUGGUCUUCAUUCGCUCCGUCAACGCCACUGGUACAUUCAGAGCACAUGCGCAACAUCUGGUGAAGGUCUUUAUGAAGGGCUCGAUUGGCUUUCCAACAACAUUGCUAACAAGGCAUAAGAGUACAAGCGGUUUUGGUUGCCGGUGGAGAGGAGACAUCGUUUGCCGUUUUAGUAUAUACAUCUUUCGUACCGGUGGUAGUUAAAACUAAUGUCCGUUAUUCUUUCCGCUUCAAAAUAUUACUGUAGAUGGAUAAAUAUCGUGUUGUUCGAGUGAUUGAACCCGAUUAUGCUCGAAACUACUUGAAGGAAUCAUGUUGUUCUGAAAAGAGAUCGAUUGCGUCAAAGAUCCAUUUGAUUAUUACACUUUUUAACAAUGUAAAUGACAAUUUUACCCU